CUCCGUAACAAAGCACCGAUCACUUCCAACUAAUUAGUAAUUAGUGCCCCAUGGGUGAAAGGGAUCAGGUUAGGCCGCUAGCUCCAGCCUCAGAAAGACAAAUCAGCGAUGAUGAAGAGGCCACCUCGUACUUCAAAGGAGCCAGCAAAAAAAGAUGCAUCAAGUGCUGUGGAUUCAUUUCUGCUCUCCUCCUCCUUCAAGCUGUAGUGGUCAUAGUCUUGAUCUUCACCGUUUUCAAAGUAAAAGACCCUGUUAUAAGACUCAAUGGUGUUACGAUCGAUAAGCUUGAGCUAGUGAACGGUACGAACGGUACAACUCCAAAACCUGGCUCCAACAUGACCUUAACCGCUGAUGUCUCCGUCAAGAAUCCCAACUAUGCAACUUUCAAGUAUCAGAACGCGAGCACCAGUCUCUUCUAUCAUGGCAUGUUGGUCGGCGAAGCGCAUACCCUGCCGGGGAAGUCCAAGGCUAGAAGAACCUUGCGGAUGAACGUGACAGUCGAUUUCAUCAUGGAUAAGCUACUCUCUUCUCCCAUGUUGAAGAGUGAUGUGGGUUCUGGUUUGCUUCCCAUGACUACUUACACGAGAGUUGGUGGGAGGGUGAACAUGUUGAAUAUUUUCAAGAAACAUGUUGUUGUGAGGAUGAAUUGCACCGUUGCUGCUAAUAUUACGAGCAGGACAAUUCAAAGUCAGGAAUGCAAGCGGAAAGUCAAGCUCUAGAUGGUACUUAGUUGGCCUUCCAUUUUUUGCUUCCGUUACAUAGUAGUGUGUUCUGUACGGUUAUUAAGGAUUGAUGUUUCAUCAUUUUAACUGCUACACGGGGGAAGGAUCGGAUGGUACGAUAGAGGAAGUGAAAGU